AUGGUUUGCUGUUUUCUCUGCGGUUUGAUGGAAAAUAGCAUUGAGAGACUUCACGGAUUCCCGCGCAAAAGUGCAAAGCACAGAAAUUCACAAGCUCCACGACUUCUUCCAUAUUACAUUUCGAAGAUGAAACAUUUUCUUCUCUUCAUCAAGCUCCAAGUUCAUCCACAUAUAACAAACAUCGAACUGAGACUUAAUGUGAUGCACGAUAAGUGCGAUGCAAGUGAUACUUAA